UUUUCACAAUCCCGCUGUUUUUAGUGGCGAAGGUGCCGAUUAUAUUUCCCCGUGUUUUAUUUGAUUCCACAAAAUUUACAUUUUGAUAAAUUCGCAAUAAUUUUGAUACCUAGAUCAUGAUAGAUGCUUGUUAAAUCUUGAUUAAUUGGAUAUUUUUGAAUGUUUAGGGGAGAACCUGUGAAAGAAGCAGACGGUAUUUUGUCUUUGAUACCUACAGUGAAGUAGGGAAGAUUAUUGGGGGAAACUGUAUCCUGUAGACUCCUAGACAACAAAUGAAAGAAGUUUUUGAUGGAUGGAAGUUAGCUGUCUUUAUACAGACUUAAAAGAUCGUGAGAGAGACGUAAAUCGGAGAGAAAAUCAAAGCUUCGGAGCAUGAAUAUUUGACCACCCGCAUCUUGUGAACAAAUAAAACAAUUCUAUGUAGACGAUAUGGCAAUAUCCGGGAGAAGAAACUGUUUACAUAGUCUAGUCUUAAGUUUUUUACUUAAGUUUAUUGCGGCACAAAAUUACCAAGUAACAUUUACGAUCCAAGAGGAAAAGGCUCCGGAUAGCUUCGUUGGAGAUGUUUCAAGUAGUUUUUCAUCAAAUAUCCCUCGUGUGGAAGUUGGGCAUAUCAAAUACGGGUUUCUUCAGCAGAAUUAUAUACAAACUUUGUUAACACUGCAGCAGACGACAGGGGUUUUAUCGACAGCUGUAGUAAUUGAUCGGGAAUCAAAAACUGUUUGUCAAUCUCAAGCGUUAUGUUCCUUUAAUUUUGACAUCGCUGUUAGAUCAUCCCGUCCCCAGAGCUCUUUCUUCGAGAUAAUUUCUGUCACACUGAUCAUAGAAGAUAUAAAUGAUAAUGCACCACUUUUCCCACACAGUCUUGUUCUACUCAAUAUUCCAGAGUCUGCGACAGUCGGAACUUCCUAUCAUAUAGAAAGUGCAAUUGACCUUGAUGCAGGAAUAAAUUCAGUUCAAGGAUACGAAAUUGGCCAGCAGAAUGGCAAUUUCAGCUUGGAUGUUAUUCAAAAGCUUGACGGAAGCUUUACAGUUAAACUCGUUCUCAAAGCAUUGCUUGAUCGUGAAUCGAGGGACAAAUACAAUGUUGUCAUCAUAGCUAUGGAUGGAGGAAAUCCAAAGAAAUUCGGUGCUGUAUCUGUGAAUAUAACUGUAACCGAUGCUAACGAUAACGUUCCAAUGUUUACCCAGACAAGUUAUAAUAUAACAGUGCGAGAAAAUGUCACUAUUGGAUCUACAGUUCUCAAGGUCACUGCACAAGAUAUGGACAUCGGAAAUAAUGGGCAGAUUCUAUACAGGUUAAGCGACACUCAAUUAGACUCGCGCGUAAAAAGUAUAUUCGAAAUGUCACAUGACAAAGGCGAAUUAAAGUUGAAGAACAAACUGGUGUAUGAAUCAGGAAAUUCAUACAGGAUAAUCGUCGAAGCUAGUGACAACGGUAAACAGCCGCACGUUACCCAGGCGAUCGUCAUAAUUCACGUCACGGACGUUGGGAACAAUCCUCCCACAGUACAAAUAAAUUUGCUGGAACCUGGAAAUACAAAGUUUAAAAAGAUUUUUGAAUCAGUAAAUCCUGGAACAUUUGUUGCACAUAUAAAUGUUAUUGACACUGAUACUAAUGAAAAUGGUGAAGUCAUUUGUGAAAUCUCUGACAAAAACUUCGAACUACAGCCGAUGGGUAGAAAGGGUUACAAAGCUGUUGUUAAGAAUAAAUUAGACAGAGAAACUCAGGAUUUACAUCACAUUCUCAUAAGUUGCCACGACUAUGGAACUCCCCCACUCACCGCUUCUUCAAGUUUUAUUGUUUCAGUAUUAGAUGAAAACGAUUGUGUUCCUACUUUUACAAAGCCUGUUUUCACAGGAAUGAUUCCUGAAAAUUAUAAAGAAUUCAGAACAUUUGUACAAGUUCUUGCCACUGAUCAAGAUUUAGAUAGGAAUGGUGAGGUCAGAUAUUACAUAGACGAGGAAAGCACUCCUUAUAAAUUCUGGAUUAAUGAAAUGGAUGGUAGCUUGCGCGCUGAUCAAGUUUUCGACCGAGAGGAAACUCCCGUUGUCACGUUGAAAGUUAUCGCACGAGAUCUAGGAAACCCAUCCUUGUCAAACAAGGCCAAAGUUCAACUGACAAUCGAGGACAAAAAUGACAAUGCCCCGAUCAUUGAUAAUCCUAAAAAUUUCACGAUCAUGGAAAACAAAAAUUCAGGCUCUCUAGUUGGUGUUUUAAGGGCGACUGAUUAUGAUGAAGGCAAAAAUGCUCAAAUGAUGUUUGUCAUCAAACCUGAAUUCGAAUUUUCAGUACCAUUUGUUGUUUUUCCUGACGGCACUAUUAAAACCAAUCGACAGUUGGAUAGAGAAGAAAAAAGCAAUUAUGAAUUCACAGUUGUAGUGUUCGACCUUGGCACGCCUCGAUUAACAAGCUCGGCAAACGUGACAAUAUUUGUUAAGGACAUGAAUGAUAAUGCUCCGAAACUGAAAUUUCCUUUACCUAAUAAUAAAACGGUUAUCGUACUGGGUGAUGUAAGCAGGGGAUAUAAAGUUACGCAGAUCGAAGCAAGGGAUGACGAUGAAGGCCUUAAUACAAUAAAAUCAUAUGACAUCACGUCGGGAAAUGAAAAAGACCUGUUUUUCAUUGAUCCAAAAUUAGGCGGAAUUUAUUUAAAGAAAAGUGUCAUCAUCAAUCAAAAUCAGACAUUUUUAUUAAAUAUAGCAGUGAAAGAUGGUGGACAUCCGCAGCAUACGACAAAUUCUAGUUUAAAGAUCGUCAUGGUACGGGCUUUAAAUGCUACCUCACAUAUUAGUGGAGAUGACAACAAUAGUAACACUUUAAUAGUCGUAAUUGUUGUAAUACUUACGGCUGUUCUAUCUAUCGUCAUGAUCAUGGUUAUAUGUUUCUUACGACGAUUUGAUCAUCGGAGCAAGGCAAGAAAAAAUUUAGACAUCGUAGCUCCGGACGAGAAAUAUCCAAAAUGUUACAUGGAAGACCCCUCUCACUAUCUCACCAAUUCUAAAGAUAGUCAUGAACAUUUGACACUGUCCUAUGAUCCGAUGACGAAUAUUACAACAAUGAAGAGAAAAGAAGUUAGUUUUGAUAUAGACGAUCAUACAGAUCACAGUGAUACUCGAGAAAAUCAUAACACAACUAUGUCAACAUUCUCCGUACCAGAAUCUGAAAAGUUACAAGGUAUGUCUAUAUCAGAAGAAGGUGAGGAGAGCAUUCCCAACUCUAACAACGGUCGGCUGAAUAAGCUACAGAUGUUACAGUACCACCAGGCAAUACUGGAGUCACAGACCCGAGCCUGGCUACAGACACAAGAGGGCCAAGAGGAGGGAAGUAGUUUUGAUGUAACGCUACCCGACGAUAAAUGUAGUGAUACAUCAGAGGAGGUUACCGCUAGCGACAGUGGUAAAGGUGGUAGUGAAGAUGACAUUCCGUCCAAUCAUUCACGAGAUUUAAAGAAUAGAGUGCACGGGGUGGUACCAGGCAAAUUCCAAACCCGUCACUACGUCGCACCAGAAUUCCGACGUCAAGGCAGUCUACAGCGUAAAGCAUGUGACAUAAACUUUGAAGACAAUCGCGUUCAUUCUCCAGCUAGUCCUUUAUCGGAUGAUACGCCUUAUCGGCCUGAAAGUCGUGCUAGUCUUGCAAAUUCCACGCCUAGGCCAAGUAGUCGAGCGGCCAUGUUUUAUCCAAAUGAACACACUUUUAACAGAACUUUAGACAGUGUGGGGGACCAUACCAGUGACUGGGACUCGGCAUCUUAUGUGUGAAGUUUGUGAUAAAUCAUUAAUAUCCUUACAAUAAAACACAAA